CUGUUGUGCAUGCGUAUCAGUACUCGUCGCAUAUUUUUCAUAUAUUCGUAUAAUCAUUAUUAUACCACCAUUUAGUGAUGGUAGGUAUAUCACACGUGAUUACGUGAAUUCAAUCAAUUACGUGUGAUAUAAAUUUUGUUUUAUCUAUAGUAUAUGAUCUAAGGUAUAGACUAUAAUAGUGGGCUAUCUAGUUUGUUAUUUUGUAUAUCUGUGAUAAUAACCUCAUAUAAUGUUAUCAAUUAUCAAUUGCCAAUUAAUCUAGAAAUUCGUUUGAUUAUACUGGAUAAAUAGUAACAACUGCUUAUCACUGGCACGUUCCCUUAACAAAUUUUAAAAUAACGUUUUUCGUAUCACUUGGUCUAGAGAAUAUUCUGUGCGUCCCGCAUUCGUGCGUCUGUUAACGGCUACUUGCUUGAUGUGAAUUUGACAUAACAUUAUUGAAUAUUAACAAAAGUUAUUUAAAUUUAAUAAAAUUGUUUAACCUACUGUACAUUUAUUUAAUUUUUGAGAUUUAUUUUUCUCAUUAAAAAUUGCUAUAAUUCAAGAAUAAAACAAAAUUAAAAGCCAGAUGGAUAGUCCUAUGUUGACUCCUAAAGUAUUGCGCUCUACAGCAAAAUUACCAGAAACUCCUGCUUUGGAACGAAUUGGUUAUGGAACAGGUAAAUAAAAUUUAAAUAAUUCAUAGGUACCUAAUCAUUUGAUUCCUACCUCUGCUAACCCUUGACUUAGGUGUCGGUGUGUUUAACUUGAACAGAGAUGAAAAGUCUCCGUGGGCUGCAAAAAUUAUCAGUCGUCACGCCGGUAGAGAUCGCAAACAGUACAGCAAUCGUUUGCAACUGGAAGCCAAAGUGUUGUCGUCACUUAAUCACCCCAAUGUAAUUGGUUACAGGGCUUUUGUCAAAAGACCUGAUGGCCGAGAAGUAUGUUAUAGUUUCUGUAUCAUUGACUUUAUUUUAAUAUGCUUUUGGAAAAUAAUCGGCUUUUAGAUAUUGUUAAUGGAACAGUGUGAACAAAGUUUGUGUGAUUUAAUCGAGUUACGCGUGGACCAAUGCCUCGGACCAUUCCCUAAUAAAUAUAUUGAAAAAGUAGCUGUAGAUAUUGCCAACGCUUUAGAUUAUUUACAUACUUCUUUGGUAUUGCAUGGGGACAUAAAAUCAGGGAAUAUUUUAGUAAAAAGUAAGCGCGUUAUAAUUAUAUCAAUUUUAAAAAAUAAACAUUCAAGAAGUUAUUUUUCAUAAUUUUAUUUAAAAAAUUAAAUUUGUAUUGUUUAUUGAACAGAUAAUUUUGAAAUUGUAAAGCUUUGUGAUUUUGGUGUAAGUUUACCUUUAAAAACCGAUGGAACUUUACACAGAGUUAAAGGCCAUAAAGCUAUGUAUGUUGGUACUCCUUGUUGGUCAGCUCCAGAAGUAUUAAAAGGUGAUGAAUGUUUGGGUGCAAUCAUUACAAGCAAAGCAGAUAUAUUCAGCUAUGGUUUGGUAUUCUGGGAAAUGAUGACAUUAUCUGUACCAAAUACAAGCACAGCAAUUGAUGAAUCAUAUUAUACUGGCAUUAGUGACGACCUAGAUGCUCAUUUAGGUAAUUUUAAUAUCUAACUUUUAUUAUAUUAUAAGCCUCCCAUGUGCAAAAACCUACAUAUUUUAUAGAAACAAAACUAAUUUAAAUAAUUAUUUGUCUUAAAUGUUGUAAAUUUAAUUAUCAUUAAAAAUAUAUUUUGUGUAUUAAAAAACACAUUUGAUUUUUCAAGUAAUUUUCAUAAUUGGUAAAUACUGGGAAGUGUUACGUGAGUAACAUUGUUUAGUCAAACAGAAAUUUUUGAAUAUUUUACAUAAAGUUCAUUAUAAGUUGUAUUUAAUAAUAAAAAAAAAAUCAAUCAUAAUUUUAUUUUAUUUUUUUUUUAUAUACAUAUACAUAUAUUGUGAUGCAUUAUUAAUAUGCCGCGCCCCGUACCGCCACACAAAUAAUACUCCAUUACUCUCCUCCAACCCAAACUUAAAAGUGAAAUAUCUUGUCAACAAGUUGAUAGAAAUCGAAAAUUUCAAUACCAAAAUUUAUUUUAAAUAAUACUCCAUCAAUUCAAAUCAUUUUCAAAAUUGGUCACCAUUUGAAAAUCAAAAAUAGGCAAUCAUUUCAAAAAUAAGAGGUACAAAAAAACUGAUUACGUACCAUUUUAGAACUAUUUGAUUUUUAAGUUUUCAAAUAAAAAAAUUUCAAAAAAAGCCAAUACUUUCCGAGAUAAUGAGUGUUUCUAGUUGAAUGAAUCACUCUGUAUAUAAGUGAUUUGAGUUUAAAGUUUGAAAAAAAUUUUAAAAAUUUCAUAAUUUCAAAACGUGAUUACUUGAACUUCUUUCAGAAUAAUAAUUCAUCAGUCAUCACUUAUGAUGCAUACAGAUAUUAACUAAAUAACUUUAUUUCCCUUCAAAACUUCGGACCUAUAACAUCCAUCAGUAUCAUCAGUUUUUUUAAUGGUGUUAUUUCAGAUUUUUGUUACCUUGAAAAUAAUUCUAUGAAAUUAGUUUCUAAAAUGCUUUCUGCAUAAUAUAUUAAUUUCUCACUAUUAAAUUUCUGAUUUUGAUCACGAUAAAUUAUUAUAUUAUAAAUUAUUAAUUAUUUUUACAGGCGAAAGUCCGCCAAUACCUGCCAGCUUGAUUGUGGAUCCAAACUACAAACAAAUAAUUAAUCUCUACCAAAUGUGCACAAUACAAGAUUAUCUAAAACGUCCCUCAGCAAAACAAAUCUUAUAUUACAUUGAUAAUUUUUUUUUUGACAAAAUUUCUAUAAGAGAUGCUGAGUCCAAGAUCUCAUCAACACCAUUUUAAUAUGUAUAUUAAACAUACAAUUUCAUUUGAACAUGAUAAACACAUUAUAUAAUUUUUUUUUCUACUUAAUAAACAUUUAUGCAUUAUUUUUAUAUCAUGCAUAAAUAAUCAGAUAAAAAAAAUUUUAAUUUGUAUAAAUAAUUUAAUAUGUUUAUUGAUUUGUGAACAUUACUUAGAUUACUUAAUACUUAAUGAUUGUAUCAUUUACUUGAAAAAUGCU